GUGUAAUUAAAUUGAAUACUUAAAUGCAACAGAAACUAAUGUUGCGAUAUAAGAAAAGUGUGAAACUCUUAGAAGCAAUUUCGCAUAAUGAAAAGCUCAAUAAAUCACUGGCAUUUGAUUCAGUAGUACGUUCCACAAGAAGCAACCAGCAGAGAUCGAAUAUCUCCUCGACAUAUCGCUAUGCCGCUAUUUACGAAAAAGGGUCCGAAAUUCGGUAGAACAGAUUCUGAACUUGCCGCUAACUCUUCUUCCACCGCCGCUGGCACCAACACGUACAACGACCACAACAACACAUCGGCUAACGGCAAAACCAACACAAUGAAUGGUACCAACGCGAAUUCCCGCAUAGACCCAUACAUUCCCAAGCCUCAACUGAUAUUUCACUGUCAACUGGCGCACGGCAGCCCCACGGGCUUGAUAACCGGCUUUGCGAGCGUACGAGAACUCUACAAGAAAAUCGCCGAGUGUUAUGAUAUACCCGUGGAAGAGAUACUUUUCUGCACCCUGAAUUCACACAAAGUAGAUAUGACAAAAUUGCUGGGCGGCCAAAUCGGCCUGGACGAUUUUAUAUUCGCUCAUCGAAAGGGGCGACCGAAGGAGAUUGAGAUUAUCAAAUCGGAAGAUGCGCUCGGCCUUACAAUAACGGAUAAUGGCGCCGGCUAUGCAUUCAUCAAACGCAUCAAAGAAGGUUCGGUAAUUGACCGCAUCGAACACAUCGGCGUCGGCGAUCACAUCGAGAAAUUGAAUGAGGUAACCAUGGUGGGAAAACGACAUUACGAGGUGGCGCGACUGCUGAAGGAUAUACCCACGGGCACAACAUUUACGUUGCGUUUGGUGGAACCGAUGAAGAGUGGAUUUCAAGGUAUUGGACCGCGCACACAGUCGAGAGCGCCAUCUGGUCGUGGCUACGGCAGCGGCAAGGAAACAUUGCGGUUUAAGGCGAACGGCAAUGUGGAGAUCGAGGACAAGUUUGACGAAUCUACGCAAUCGGGCAUUGAGGCGAUCAAUAAUUUGCUGGAAUCGUUUAUGGGCAUAAAUGACACAGAGUUGGCGACGCAAAUAUGGGAUCUGGGCGCAAACAAAUCCAAUUCAAUGGACUUUGCGGAGGCUAUCGAUAAUUCCGAUUUGGAGUCGUUCGGCUUCACCGAUGAUUUCAUUAUCGAACUGUGGGGUGCUAUAACGGAUGCUAGACGUCGAAAGACGGCAAAGAAUUAAAAAUGAAUUGUCCAAAAGUAGUAAGAGAGGGAAUGGGGUGGAUGAAAAGUGAAUCAAUAGGAUCAAAUUUAAUAAAUAUGAAAGAACUAGAUAUGGAAAAUUAUUUGCGAAAUAGUGUUGUUUGUUAAUAUGAAAAUUAAGGUAUUGUUUUCACUACUUAGGAAAAUGUGGGUGGCAUAUCAAUGUAUUUAUUUAAAAAAAAAACUAUACUAAAUGCGCAUUUUGUUAGUUAUACAUACAUACGUAGUAAAUGUACUCCUAUCGAUAUUGUUUAAUGUUAAUUAUAUUAAAAAUAUAAUGACAUUCGUGAAUUCAAGAAAAUCAAAUUUGUACGUAAAUAAGUUGUUUCUGCCAAUUUAUAUACAUAUACAUAUACUGCAUGCAUAUAAAUAUAAAUAUACAAUAUUUAUUCGUUUAUUCGUUUAAUUAUACCAGAUAAUUAAAAUGUUUUAGAAUUUAAAAGCGUAUAUUUACAGCUAGAAGUGAAGAGGAAGCAAUGUUUAAACGGAACAUGUAAAAAUACAAAUAAAACCCCAAAUGCAAUACAUAUUUA